AUGGGUCCUAAAACCCUCAACCUAUCGCAAACAACUUCGGACUUUGAUGAAAAUGCAAACAAAACAGAGACGAAUGAGGAUCUUAAUCGACUGCAGCUUAUAUCCUCGUCAGAUCAUGGCAACCACAUAUCGCCUAUGUCGGAGCACGAAACCACGGUGUUCUCGAGAGUGUCGCCGGUCAGAGGACAAUGUCUGAUUAUUCAGGGACUUCCCGAAUCCACAGCUAGUGCCUCCAAAGAGCGGGUCUCGGCAGACUUGCAACUCUUCCAAUGCCUACUCAAAGAACUUCUGCGCCCCAAUGAGGAAGUUUCGGUUCUCAAGGCCUUUAGGCUUGGAAAGCGCUCAAUCGACAUAUCAGAGCACUCACGUCCCCGACCACUCAAGAUUGUGUUAGCCAACCAAGAACAAGUAGGACUUAUUCUCUCACGACGAUUCCGAAUCAAAGACACCAACCGCGGCGUUUUUGUUCUGCCGGACUACACACCGGCAGAGAGAAUAAAACAAUUAGUUCUGGAACUGAGAACAAGGUUGCAGAAUGGCGAGACGGAUCUUGUGAUCUACAACAACCAGAUAGUGCAGCGCCCUCUCCUAAUCCGUUAG